AUGUCUACCAAAUACGUUUUUAGCAAGAGUCUGAAAGAGCUCCGAUUCCUUUUCUGCCACACAUCUUCACACGGCGAUGCGACAAGAACAUUUUUAAAACGAGCAUACCCGACAAUGAAGAAACACAAUCCUUACACACCGAUUAUGAUUCGGGAAGCAGCCGAUAUCGAGCCUAGAAUAUUUGCACGAUACGGUACGAGUGUUUGCAGAGUAUAUCUUGUUGGCACAAUAUCAGAGCUAACUGGGGAAUUUGGUUUUGUUCAUCUAGAAUUCGGAAAGGAGAAGCAAGAAUCCUUACAAGGCUUAUCGGAUAAGGAGAUAGAACAGAAGGUCACAACAUUGGUGAAAGGCGAAGCAUAG